UGUUGGGACCCAUUGUUGGGUUGGACUACUUGUAUUAGCACCACUAUGUUUACCAAAAAUAUUUUACCCAACAACCACCUAUGAAUGUAAUGCAUUUGACUAAUCUUCCUGAAACACCAAAGAAAGUGCAUCACCUCUCAUUAAAUGUAACCUUUAAGAUUCCAGAUUUUCAGUGCUUGCUUCAAAACAUGCCAGACUCUCUUACAGCUCGAAAAACAAUAUGGCUUCCUUUUAUGGAAAAAACACUGCAGUGUGAUGAACAGACUGUUAUCAUUGGACACAGUUCUGGUGCUGCUGCAGCUAUGAGAUAUGCUGAGACACACAGAGUAUACGGUAUUGUAUUGGUAUCUGCAUAUACAUCUGAUCUUGGAGAUGCAAAUGAACAAGAAAGUGGAUAUUUCUGCAGUCCAUGGCAAUGGGAGAAGAUCAAAAGUAAUUGUAACCAUAUUGUUCAGUUUGGUUCAAACGAUGAUCCUUUCCUGCCAUGGUCUGAACAGCAAGAAGUAGCAGAUAGUCUUAAUGCAGAAUUACACCAGUUCUCAAAUAGAGGGCACUUUCAGGAUGAAAAGUUUCCUGAAUUAAUAUCCGUUGUUCAUAAGAUGAUGAAAACAUCUUUAUAGUCAGAAACCUUUUCAUUCAUAUGAGUUGAUUAUUUUUGUUUUGUUCAAUGUGUUAAAUUUUAAAUUCUGAUGAAGCUUGUGGUUUUACUGCAAGAAGUACAUGGCUUGGAAUUCAGAAUAACUAUUUACAUUGUCGAUAAUGAUAAUAAAACACAUUGAUCUGUUACACAAUAA